AUGCCCUCGGCAGCAAGACGUCAACGUCAAAUCACCCCAACCUCCCCUUCCCCCUCUCCCGAACCUCAACAAGGCACCGCCAACGGCACAACCACCACCACCUCACACGCCGCACCCCAACAGUCUUCCCCGCAACCUCCUUCCUCCAACGCACAUCCUCAAACUUCUGAUUCCAGCGAUCCGACCUCUGCCGUCCGCGCAAACCUCGAAACGCGCGUCCGCUCCGUCGUCGACCUCCUUUACCAACUCGCCGUUUGCUCAGCCGACGUCCAAGAAGGUUCCCAACACCUUGUAGCCAACAAAGUCAACGAAUGUAUCAAGGCUCUCGCUGCUCUCGAUGCGACCAAGGAAGAACUGCAUAGAGCACAUCUAAUGGUGCCGCAGGAUGUACUGGAGAUGCUGGAUGCGGGGAAGAACCCAGAUAUUCAUACGAGAAACUUUGUUAAUAGACUGGCGAGCGAAAAUCAGUAUAGCUAUGGUCAACACACGGCGGUGGAGAGGUACAAGGAUAAGCUGGAUGCGGCGCUGGAUGAGGCUUUUCCUGAGUUGAAGGUGGCGCCGAGGGGUGACUAG